AGCCUUUUGCGCCGUGUUGUUGGAGUGGCCAUCUGGAAAAGCUAAAAAACAAAAGCCGGCUACUGUGCGCCCUGCUGUCCAUCCUCCUUGUCUCCUUCCUCCAUUAUCUAAAGGAACAGUAGAAUUAUGUUCCGAUCAGUCAUCAGCUUGGUGCCACUAUGUGGACAGCAGCAGGUUCGCAACAUGGCCACCCUGAAGGCGAUCUCCAUGCGCCUGAAGUCCGUGAAAAACAUCCAGAAAAUCACCAAGUCAAUGAAGAUGGUGUCCGCAGCCAAGUACGCAAAGGCUGAGCGCGAGCUGAAAAUGGCACGACCCCUCGGCGAGGGUGCCAAGGCCUUCUACGACAAGGCCGAGGUCGCCCCCGAGGAGAACAAACCUCAGCGACUGAUCGUGGCUGUGACCUCUGACAGAGGUCUCUGCGGAGCUGUCCACACCAGCGUUGUCCGGCAGAUUCGCAACGAGCUCAGCGAGCCUGGUGCAGAGAACAUCAAGGUCGUGUGUGUUGGAGACAAGUCCAGGGCCAUCCUGCAGAGGUUACACGGAAAGCACAUUCUGUUUGCAUGCAAAGAACUUGGACGCAAGCCGCCCACAUUCACCGACGCAGGAUCGCUCGCUAUCGCCAUCCUUGACUCUGGCUACGAAUUCGCCUCCGGAAAGAUCAUUUACAACAAAUUCAAGUCUGUUGUGUCCUACAACACCACCGAGCUGCCCCUGUUCAGCCUGUCGGCGAUUUCCAACGCCCCCAAGCUGUCCGUCUACGACUCGUUGGACGCUGAGGUCAUCCAGAGCUACCUCGAAUUUUCGAUUGCUGCCCUCUUGUACUACUCUAUGAAGGAGGGAGCCUGCAGCGAACAGUCAUCCCGCAUGACUGCCAUGGACAAUGCCUCUAAGAACGCCGGUGAGAUGAUUGAGAAGCUCAGCUUGACAUUCAACCGUACUCGCCAGGCCGUCAUCACCAGAGAGUUGAUUGAAAUUAUUUCUGGUGCGUCUGCACUGUAAAUACGACGCUCGAGGAAGUAGCAGCAAACAGUUGAUUUCCAGUAGAAUGUACAAAAAAAGGAUAAAAAGAAAAAUUGCCCGCUCCCAAGAUUCUUUGUUGCUACGCUGGUACUUGACACUUUGCGGGAGCUCAUAAUUUGGAAUUGUCAGCCUGGAGAAUCAAUAUUAAGAAUAAAUCAGCCCCCCACUGACAUUGUAAGAUGGUUUUCUAGUAUUGGACUAUUCCGAAUUUGACCUCUUGCAUGUGUGCAUUUCCAGAUCUUUGUUUAAUAAAUUGUGUCUACACACUCUGUCAACUGUUCACAAAA